AAGAGAGAGGGAGAGAAGCAGCUGUUGGAGGAGGAGAGUGAGACAAAGAAGGAGCGAGGGGCUGUCCUUAGUUGCUCUUCAGUGUGAGGACUGUAUGUGGGAGGAGGCAGGGGGAGAGGGAGAGAAACAGGGGUGAACAAGAAAGGAGAGGAGCAAGCAGGGAGUAGCCAGUAUGUUUGGUGUGUGAGGAGAUAAAUAUACAUCUGAAAGUGUGUGUGAGUGCAUUGCAUUGUUGCAGCAAGUCUCUACACCAGGCUCCCCUUGUCUCCUCCUGUGCUGCACAACUUGGGCUGAGGGACCAUGCAGCAGCACCAGCAGCGGCGGUGGACUCUUCCCUGGCUUGGUGCUGUCCUGCUGGGAAUGAUGGGGCUCCUGGUGGUGGGCUCGGACUUCCAGCAUCACCGGUACGAGGACAUGGUGCGAGCUCUGUUUGCAGUGCAGAGCGAGUGCCCCUACAUCACCCGCAUAUACAGCAUCGGGCGCAGCGUGGAGGGGCGCCACCUCUACGUGCUGGAGUUCAGUGAUAACCCGGGCAUCCAUGAAGCAUUGGAGCCAGAGUUCAAGUAUGUGGGCAACAUGCACGGCAACGAGGUGCUGGGCCGCGAGCUGCUCAUUAAGUUAUCCCAGUUUCUGUGCGAGGAGUACCGGGCCGGAAACCAGCGGAUCUUCAGGCUGAUUCAUGACACACGCAUACACAUCCUGCCCUCCAUGAACCCUGACGGCUACGAGGUGGCUGCCAGACAGGGUCCAGAGUUCAACGGCUACCUGGUGGGUCGAGGGAACUCCAGGGAAAUCGACCUGAACCGGAACUUCCCAGACCUGAACGCGCUCAUGUACUACUACGAGAAAACCAACGGGCGAAACCACCACCUGCCGCUGCCGGAUAACUGGGAGCAACAGGUUGAACCAGAGACGUUGGCCGUCAUAAAAUGGAUGCAAAACUACAAUUUCGUCCUGUCUGCCAACCUCCAUGGAGGAGCUGUGGUGGCCAAUUACCCCUUCGACAAGUCGAGAGAUUCCCGCAUUCGAGGGAGGACCACAUACGCCGCAACUCCGGAUGAUAAAAUCUUCAGACAGUUGGCGAGGACCUACUCGUACGCUCACAGCUGGAUGCACAAGGGCUGGAACUGCGGGGACUUCUUCGAUGAGGGGAUCACGAACGGGGCCAGCUGGUACUCUCUGUCCAAAGGGAUGCAGGACUUUAACUACCUGUACACCAACUGUUUCGAGAUCACCCUGGAGCUGAGUUGUGAUAAGUUCCCUCCGGCAACAGCUCUGCCCAGAGAGUGGCUGGGCAACCGAGAAGCACUGGUUUCAUACCUGGAGCAGGUGCAUCAUGGGAUAAAAGGCAUGGUGUAUGAUGAAAACAACAACCCUAUCAGCAACGCCGAGGUCUCUGUAGCUGGCAUCCACCAUGAUGUGACCAGCGGUGUGGAUGGCGACUAUUUCAGACUCCUGUUACCAGGCACCUACACUGUGACAGUGUCCGCCCCGGGCUACCUCCCCUCCACCAGCACUGUCACAGUGGGACCAGCUGAGGCCAUACAGCUUCAUUUUUACUUGAAAACUGCACCAAAACAAAACCUGAGAGUGAAGCCCCACAACAGCAAGAGGAACCUCUCGUCUCUCAAGGCCCCGUUAAAGCUCGGCCCCAGAUGAGACACGGACAAUUAUUCAGACGUGACACAAACAUGCACACACAUACACUGAAAGUCCCACAUACUGUAAGAAAAAUACACACAUUCACACCCACACAUACAAUUUAUGGGAAUGGUAAAUGACCUUUGUAGUCCUAUGAUUAUGUAUUUCCACCAUUUGUGUUUUGUCGAUAAUUAUAAACUGUGUGUCCGUAUGGAAGAAUUGUUGCCAACCUGGUGUAUUUAUGUAACAGUAUUGAUUUCCUGUAUUUGUAAAGGACUUUUUGGAUUUUAAUUUCAAUUGAAAGUGAAAAUAAAAGACUGUUUUAGUGUCAUAAUUUACUA